AAAAGAUGAACUGGUGCAAAAGUUCAGUCAAAAAGAUCCUAAUAUCAGUAAUAUCUCGUCGGCGACAUGUCAGUGUGACAUGUCUACUAUAUUUUUUCCUCCAAUUUUUUUAAGAAUUGCAGAAUACAGAUGUUACAGUUUUUGUGAUGGUGUCAACACAGUACAAUUUUAAUGGUAUUAUAUUAAUGACAUAUAUCGCUGUAACAUAUGUAUAUUAUAUACAACGUAUAUUAUAAUACGAUGAUUAUUACUUAUAUUUCGUAAUUUGUGAAACGACAAUAAUGGAUAACAUCAAGUACAUUUAUCAUUUGCCAUUUUCCGAACGAUCAGAAUUUUGUAAAAUUAUGAACCAAAAUGAUAAAUGGGAAGAGCUGGCAGGUAUUUGGAUGCAAUAUGAUGUUUUAACGAUACAGAGUUUAAGAAAGGAGAAAAAUCCCACAGAUGAACUUUUGACGCUAUGGGGUCAUUUCAAUCAUACAAUAGCAGAAUUGUUUGUAUUAUUGUCCAGAAUGCAACAUUAUCAGGCAAUGGUGCCUUUAUUACCUUUUGUUGAACAAAGAUUUCAUCGGCUUUUCUACAACGGAGAAGCCAAUUUGCAAAAUAUGUCACGCAAGCAGUUGGUUAACAAAAAUACUAAAGAUUUAAAGAUUGGUACACAAAACUUUAAUCAACGUGCACUGCCUCAGCAAAGUGUCAAUAAAAUUUUUAAUCAACCAACGGCACAAUUGGGUAUUAGUCCAAGCAACUCCAAUAAUUUAUUGGUAGCUUCGCCAGCAGCUGCUGCUGUUUUCUUACCAUCUCCACAAAAUACUGGUAGCAAUGAAAAAAAGAUCAAUGAAUCACCAUUACCAAAAACAGAAACUACUUUGCCACAAGCAAGUUAUAGUGAACUGGCUAUUGCCACAGAUGGAUGGAAUCAGCACAACAUAUUAGGAAAAGGUGGUUUUGGAAUAGUAUACAGAGGCUUUUGGAAAAAUACCGAUGUUGCAAUAAAGAAAAUCCGACAAAAAGGGUCUGAUUCAGAUGAAAGUUACAUAUUGCAACUCCAGCAAUCUUUGAAAGAAAUAAAGAUUUUAAAUUCUCGUACUCAUGAAAAUAUCUUACCUCUAUAUGCAUAUAGUUUUGGUGGCGAAGCACCGUGCUUGGUUUAUCAGCUAAUGAAAAAUGGGUCUUUGGAAGAUAGACUGCUAUUAAGACAAAAGACUAAAGUGUUAACGUGGAUGCAAAGACAUGAAAUUGCUAAAGGUAUAGCGCGCGGAUUACAAUACUUGCAUACUAUCGGUGACAAACCAUUAAUUCACGGUGAUAUUAAGAGCGCAAAUAUUUUGUUGGAUAAAAAUUUCGAGCCUAGGAUUGGCGAUUUUGGUUUAGCACGGGAAGGUCUUGAAAGAGAUAGUAUGAAGAUCAGCAGAAUUCAUGGUACAAGACCUUACCUGCCGGAAGAAUUUUUACGUGACAAAAAAUUGUCUACAAAAAUAGACACUUAUAGUUACGGUAUAGUCUUAUUCGAAAUGGCGACUGGUCUUCGGGCUUACGAUGAUAUACGCCCUGAGAAGUUAUUAGUAGAUUUAAUUGAAGCUUGGAAGGAUAAAGACAUUUCUUUAUUGAUAGACAAUAAAGCUGGUGAAGAAAACAAGCAAGUUUAUAAGAAUUUAAUAUCUAUAGGAAAAUGGUGUGCUAAUGGAUUGGCACAAAAUCGACCUGAAAUGAUACUUGUAUUUCAGACAUUGAAUGAUUUAUGAAAUUUAAUAUUGGAUAAUAGUUUGUGAAGAUGUA